CACUUGGGAUCUCUAAACCCACAUACUGAGGGUCAACGGUGUGUGAUGUUUCCUGCAGCACGGUGGAUGUAGAAGCGGUGUGCUUUGACACCAUGACGCGUGGACUCCAGAAGGUCAGGCGUCUCUCCUCCGCCUCCUCGGUCCUCCAGCCCACCUUCCUACUCACCACCGAGUGGCUCUGGUACUGGGAGGACGAGCAUGGGAAGUGGAACCAGUACUAUAUACCGAACAACAGCAGCACAGAGCUGGAGCAGAAGUUCCAGAAAAACCCCCAGGAGGUGGUGGAGUUCACCGCAGGGUCCCAGACCUACACACUCAGCUUCCAGGGCAAGAUCCAGACCAAUAAGAGACACGGCACCAAGAGGGCGGUGAGGCGACGGCCACGCUUCCUGUCCUCCGCCGACGUGCUGGUCAUCAGGACAAGUUGGCACGACAACACAUAA